UCCGAGACAGAUGACUUCGGCGACCCGACGGCGCUCCUCGGCUCGGAAGGCGACAAGGAGCUCGCGCGCGCGACAAAGCAGAUGGGCCCGAAGUGGGUCAGCUCUCUCAAGAAGCGCCUCCUGGACCGCGCGGUAGCGUUCGAGAUGACGUUGGAGAACGAUGGCUCGGACAUCGAGGUGUCUAUGGAGAGCACUAGCCGUGUUCUGUCGUGCGGACAUGAGAUAUGCGAAGAGUGCGUUCAAUACCUUUCCACCUCGGAGAUAGAGCACGAUGGCGUGUUCGGAAACAACGACGAGAAGGAGAACCUGCGUGCCGAGAAGGAGUUCGAGACCGCAGCUGCCAAGGGUCUCCGUCCAUGCCCGACAUGCAAGAAGAUGCAGGACCUCCGCCCGAACGGCGUAUUCCUCGCCUCCGCGUUCAUGCCCACCCGAGACGAGGUGCGCGCCGCCGUCUGCGCGGCGCGCAGGCGUCCGCCCAGUCCCCCGCCUCCGCUAAAGAAGAAACCGAAGUUGGAGAUCAUCGACAUCAGUGAUCUCGAAUCAUCGAGCAGCGACGGAGACUCGGACGAUAGCAUGCCGGACGUGUCAGUCAUGCUCAAGAGCUCGCCUAGGGAUAAGGGCGAGAAGACCCUAAGCAAGCCACUCAAGGGCAAGGCUGUGAACAGGAAUAGCAAGGCGAGGGCGAAAGAAGAGAGUGACGUUGAUUCGGACUCGGAAUUGGCCUCGGAUGUCCCGAAAAAAUGUAUGGGAAAGAAGACGAGGCAGAAGAGUAACAAGCGGGACAGCUCAGAAGAGCUUCCCCCGGCGCCUGACGCGAAUCUGCUUGCGACGUGGAAGCGGGGCGGGAGCAACGUGGAGUCGAGUGCGAAAAUGAUGCGUAUGGUCGCGUACCUCAAAGAGUGGGAGUCCACGGGGGAUAAGACGAUCGUCUUCUCGCAGUGGACGUCGAUGCUUGACCUGUGUGAGCAGAUCUUCUCCCGGCAUGGGAUACGGAGCUUGAGGUAUGACGGGUCGAUGAGUCGGGAGGCGAGGGAGUACUGUUUGGCGCAGUUUAGGCAGCCAGGCGGGCCAAAGGUCAUCCUCGUCAGCCUCAAGUGUGGCGGCGUUGGCUUGAACUUGGUGUCUGCUAACCGGGUCAUCAACUUGGAUCUGUCAUGGAACUAUGCCGCUGAAUCCCAGGCGUAUGACCGCGUACAUCGUCUCGGCCAGGAGAAGGAGGUAUUCGUAAAGCGUCUGAUCAUACGGAACACUAUUGAGGAGCGUAUGCUUGCGCUACAAGAGACAAAGCUCAAUCUCGCAGGGGCCGCCCUCGGAGAAGGCGGUGGAGGCAAGCUGGACAAGCUAAGCAUCAAGCAAAUCAAGACGCUCUUCGGCAUGACGAAGAACAACAACCGCGAGCGGGAUAGAAACCGUCAGCAGAACGAACAUCAUGUCUGA